AUGUUGGACGUAGAAGACGACUGCUUUCACGUCACACGUGAAGGCUACUCCCAUCUGAGUGAUUCAAAGUGGGAAGUAGUCAGCCUCAUGAGUGUGCUCAAGGGCGAACCCGCCAUCAGUGGCAUGUUGGAGUCUCUAAGCAUAGACCAGCAAAAUGCUGCUAUCAACAAGUUCCUACGAUGGGAACUUGCCGUCGAAAGACAGAAGGUAGCCUUGCUACAGCAGCAAGGCUCUCAUCAGUCGAUGAGCGGGCCGACGCGCAUGCGUCGACCCGAAACCUUGAAGAUAGACAUCUUAAGGUACAAGGGGACCGAGGAAGAUUCCCUUUUAAGGUGGUUCGUCGAGCUGGACGACGCCAUCAGGGCCCGUCACAUCGAGGGUGACCAGAUUCAAGUCACCUUCGCCCUGUCAAAUUUGACGGGACGAGCAAAGACUUGGGCCUGA